CUCCAAAGUUGCGAGUGUUCAUAUGGCGGCAGAUGGUUUGUUUAACCCCGAUGACAACAUGGAUCUAGAUGUAAAUGCGCUAUACGAGAAUCUGAUCCAACGAGCGACUAAAGGGACAAGAGUAUUGUCCAUGAAAGCUCCCGCCUUAUCUUCCGAGUUUGUUCGAUCUUCCGCCCGUACAAAGGCGUGCUCGAGUCAGGAUGAUGCAUUGAUUGAAUGAUUGCUAUCGAGUUUCCCUCACGGGAUGAAGUCCGACGACGACAGAAGCUAAAACACGGUGAUAAGAAGAUGUUUGGAUAUGCCCCGUGUGAGGAGGCCGACUCAUUUCCAUCGGGUUAUGGAGAGAGGUCUGCACACUCGAUGCAACGUGAGGAUUCUGUGUAUCAACUCGAGAGUGCAUUUACGUCUGCUGCAAUAGCGAUGAGUAAGCUUCGUGCUCGAGUAAAUGCCAGAGGCGGUGACGCAAGAGCUAUAUCAAAGAUGUUUGCACUAAUGUGGGGCAUCGGUGAGGAUGAAGCAGGCAUGAUUCCGAAUCUCGAAGUUACGGGAAAGGAGUCUACGCAUCUGGCAGCACUAGAGGAUUGUGCUUACCACUCGCUAUCUGGACACCCUGCUUAUAGUGGUGGAUAUAGGGUAGAUAUUGCUUCAAUUACCUCUGAAGAGCUUGGGGAAAAUGUUCCUGUUAAUUGGGCUCGAAUACGGACCCGUGCUAUAGAUAUAGCGCAAGUUCAGGUCCAAGGGGAUUUGGAAUUCCGUGCUAUGAAAUCCGCCUUACCCGAUAAUGAAUCUGUUUCUCUCUUACUAGAGAUCACACUACAGUCACAACUGUUAUGUCGCGGGACAAAGUUGGCCCUGAUGGGCUUCCUGAUAUUAGGUUGCAAGGAAAGGGAACAUCGCAUUUCAGCCUUACUCAGGUAUGUUCUGCUGGUCUUGAUCACGAAAUGACGGUUUCGAGUGCUUUGAACUUAGCGGUAUUCAUAUCGAUGCUCCGUCCUAUUGCUCUGACAUCUGCCUAUAUGUUGACGGGCUUAGUGAAAGACCCUAAUCCUAGCGCUGGUGGGAAAGUAUCAUCACGAUUGAGGUGGCCAAAGCUUUACAAUUAUGAUGCAAUCUGGGAACUAGGUAAGUACCUCUUCGACGAUUCAUUUAUAGUUACCCUACAGAGUAUCUUAAGAAAUCUGCUACCACAGAGUGGGAAGUCGGAAGCUAGUGUGGCCUGUGACAUAUGGUAUUAUCUAAGAAGUAGGUAUGGGGAAAAGCGAAAAUGUCCUGUUGAUGGUGCACUUCCAGAGCUCAUUGAACACUUACGGAAGGCUCCAAAGGGAUGGACUCUGUAUUACUGGGCACGCAUAUCAAUAGGUAAAUGGCACUAUGCAGCACAGAAUGGAAUACUUGCCCCAAUUGCUGCUGGAGAAGAGGCUGAUUUGAUUUCAGCUUUAAAGAAAUUUGUAAGGAAGAGGGUAGAUCAUUAUGCCGCAGUCUAUUCAGCGAAGUACAAAGACCAAUACAAGGAAUUCAAAGAUAGUAAACCCGAUUCUGACAUAGAUGAGGAAAUAGAGAAGAGACUUGCAAAUGAAGAGAAUCCGCGGGUAGCAAAGUAUGUUCCUCCACAUUUACGACGAAUGCAGCAUCUGGAGGCUAUUUUUGAGGAAUAUGACGACCUAUCUUCAGUAAGUGGUACAUCUAAGGAGGCAUUCGAACGACUGGCUAUGGCUCAAGUAAGGCAUAAGCUCUUUAAGGGAAUUGAGGUGAAAUCAUAUGAUCGCAUUGUUACAGUUGGAGUUACAAAUGAUGCUAUGCGAGAACUGAUAAUCGACUCCUACCAAGCUCGGUGGAUAAGCUUAGAUCGGUGCAUCCGUAAGGCAAAAAGCCGAGGAAAAGUCUUCAAAUUAGGUGGAGUACCCAUCGAAGAGCAUCCUUGGGGAGAGUUAAGGACUGAAUUUCCCGAUACACUGGAAGGCGUCAGGGAGAUGGCACGCCAACUACAUCAUAUUGGAUGGACUGUGGAUCCGGAUAAAAUGUGGGAGAAACUUGAAAAGUCGAUUUCUGAGUUAUGGGAGGAUUUGACAAAGGAGCUGAAUACUGCAUUAUCAUUUAUUGAAGAGUCUGGAAUAGAUUCAUUAGAUGAACAAGCGUAUGCUAACAUCAGCAAGCGGAGUAAGGAAGCGGUGAAUCACAUGCGAUUGACACAGGUGAUCAACCUCCCUGCAUUUGGGUAUACUCCACCUUAUAUACUACCCAAGAAGACAGUUGUUGUCGAGCGAGCGCGUGGCCGUGUACUGCAGGAGUAUACGGUAGUAGAUACCACCGCUGCUGCUGAGCAACCACAUGAUGGAGAAGGCAAAAACGAGGAUGAUGGUUGGAAUGAGAUUGAAGAUGAGACAGUCACUCUCUCUUCCUGAACAUAUUUGAGCAAAUUUUGUUGCAUACUUGCAUAAAUCAUGUAUUACAAACAGGGGCGGACCCAGGAAGUUUGUCUUGGGAGGGCGGUAACUUAAAUAAAAUAUUUUUUGGGAGGGCGAAAAUUAUUUUUUAUUGUAUAUAUAUACUAAAAAAUUUUGUUGUUGGGGGGCGACCGCCCCCCUGGGUCUGUACUACGGUCCACCCCUGAUUACAAAAACAAUCGACACAUUGUUCCACAUUCUAUCUGCCGAAGUUAAAGUGCAUCUAUAAUUGACAUUGACUUUGGGUUGAAACUUACAUUUCCGACCGUUAGCCACCCUAUCCAAGACCACCAAUAUAUCCAAUUCCUCCACUCUCAUUCAGUUUGGCAUUAUUAGCUAAAACUAUACUCCCUCUGUUCCCAUUCCCACUUUCUUUUAUGAAUGGUUCACUAAAAGUUCUCAUUUAUCAACCCCUUUUCUGAACAAAAUUAACAAUUUUGAAAUUACUUUUAUCAUUAUGAUUGAAUAUGCAAGUAAAUUUAUCAAAAUCUCUAAAUUAUGUAGAAAUGAGAAUAAUUUUUCUUUUAUUUGAUAAUUAAAUUCAUUCAUAGAAGAAAUUUGGCGCAUGAUUAAUUAUAACAUUAGGGGUUUGACACAUUUUUAAAUCAUAGCGGGCUAAUGCGAUUAAUUUCCAUAUCACUAGGAUUUUGGUGCAUUAAACCUGAAAUCAUUAACACUUUUUAUCGACAAUUUAAUCAUUAAAUAUUAAAAAUAUGCAUCUAUAACAUCACAUUUAUAUCUUAAAUACUCCAUUAUAUAAUAUGUAGAACUUUGUUUAACUAUCAAACUAUUCUUAAAUUACAUUCGAAUUACCUCACUUAAUUAUUAUCUAAAUAAUUGUGCUCUUUUGCAAGAAGAACCUUUACCACUGACAGAGAUACUUGAGGAAGCAAUUGUCCACCAUAGCUUUGGAUUUGUGGUAUCAUUUUCUUAUGUACUUCAUUGUAUUUAAGCAUUUCAAUUCAAUACUUG